CCGCUCGGAGGCUGCGGGGCCGAGGGGAGCCGCGCGCCACCGCCGCGCCCCGCCGAGUCGGCCGCCCUGGGCUCUAUGGGGUCGCCCCUCCGCGCCGCCCGGCCGGCCCCACGCCGCGCCCGGACUCAGCCCUGCCGCCAGCUGCAGGAGACGCGGGACUCGAGCCCCGCAGGCCGCUCCGAACCCGCUUGAGCCCGCCCCCGCGGAGAUGGAGCCCCCCUACCCCAGCGGCGGCGGCGGCAGCCACACCAAAGGCGGGGGAGGUCGUGGCGGCAGCGUCCCGUGGGACUUUCUGCCGGGACUGGGUGUCAAGGCCCCGCCGGGACCCUGCCUGCAGGCGCAGCGCAAGGAGAAAUCUCGUAACGCGGCGCGCUCGCGGCGCGGGAAGGAAAACCUGGAAUUCUUCGAGCUGGCCAAGUUGCUCCCGCUGCCUGGAGCCAUUUCCAGCCAGCUGGACAAGGCGUCCAUCGUGCGCCUCAGUGUCACCUACCUCCGACUGCGCCGCUUCGCUUCGCUCGGGACGCCGCCCUGGGGACUGCGGGCCGCGGCGCCCCCCGCGGGCCUCGCCCCAGGCCGACGCGGCCCCGUGGCGCUGAUUACCGAAGUCUUCGAGCAGCACCUGGGUGGCCACAUCCUGCAGUCCCUGGAUGGCUUCGUGUUCGCCCUGAGCCAGGAAGGGAAGUUUCUCUAUAUCUCAGAGACCGUCUCCAUUUACCUGGGCCUCUCACAGGUGGAGCUGACGGGCAGCAGCGUCUUCGAUUACAUCCACCCGGGGGACCAUUCCGAGGUGCUGGAGCAACUGGGGCUGCGGACGGCGAUCCCCGGGCCUCCCACGCCGCCCUCCGUCCCCUCUUCCUCCUCCUCCUCUUCCAACUCUUCUUCCUCGCUGGCGGACACCCUUGAGAUCGAGGCCAGCCCCGCUGCAGCGGCGUCUGAGGCCCAGCCCCAGGAACGUUCGUUUUUCGUCCGCAUGAAAUCCACGCUCACCAAAAGGGGUCUGCACCUCAAGGCCUCAGGGUACAAGGUCAUCCAUGUCACAGGCCGUGUCCGGGCGCGCGUGCUGGGCCUGGUGGCCCUUGGGCACACGCUACCGCCCGCCCCGCUGGCAGAGCUGCCACUGCACGGGCACACGAUCGUCUUCCGCCUCAGCCUGGCGCUCACCAUCCUUGCCUGUGAGAGCAGAAUCAGCGACCAUAUGGAUCUGGGGCCCUCGGAGCUUGUGGGCCGCAGCUGCUACCAGUUUGUCCAUGGACAGGAUGCAGCCAGGAUCCGCCAAAGCCACGUGGACUUGCUGGACAAGGGCCAGGUGGCCACCGGGUACUACCGCUGGCUGCAGCGAGCGGGCGGCUUUGUGUGGCUGCAGUCCGUGGCCACCGUGGCUGUGAACGGGAAGAGCCCGGCGGAACGCCAUGUGCUGUGGGUUAGCCACGUGCUCAGCCAAGCUGAAGGUGGCCAGACACCCCUGGAUGCCUUCCAGCUUCCAGCCACUGUGGUCCGUGAGGACUCGUCCAGCCCAGAGCCCGAGCCCCUAGAACCUUCCCGGAAAGGGAAACUGACUGCGCCCCCGGCCCCGACCCCGGUCCCCGCCCCUGAGACACGGAGCAAGCGCAUCAAAGCCGAGCCCAGCCCUGGGGACACGCGGGGGUUGGAGGACAGCAGCGAGGAGGAGCUGCCCGGAGCCCCGGCCUUGCUGCGGCCCGAGUCCACGUCGGUCAUCCGGGCACUGAAGCAGGACCUGGUGCAGCCAUGGGGGCCGCCCGGGGAUGCCCCUCCCUCCCUGCUCCACGCCGGUUUCCUGUCCCCGGUGGUGCGGGGCCUGUGCACGCCCGGAACCAUCCGCUAUGGUCCCGCGGAGCUGGGUCUCAUGUACCCACACCUGCAGCGGCUGGGGCCCGGGCCAGUGCUCCCCGAGGCCUUCUACCCAACUCUGGCCCUGCCCUAUGCCGGGCCCCCGGGCACCAGGGUGCAACGGAAGGGGGACUGAGGACUGGAGGGGGGUCACCCACAGAGCCAGACCCUAGGGCCAGGGUCAACCCCCAAGGCCCACCCUGAGAAUUAAACCUGCUCCGACCUGGGGCUCAGUCUCUGGGUGCCCUGGA